UUCUCCCGGGAGUGGGAGUGGGGCUCCCUGCCGGGAGCGCAGAGGAUGCGUGUUGUGAUUCCGGGGCUGCGCGCGCUCUCCUGGGGAGGCCUGAGCGAAGCGGAGCGCUGCUGGGCUAGGAGGGGCGGCCCGCUGUCUUCCUCCGAGGAGCCGGAAGCCGGCUGCCAGCUGCGGGAGCUAGCUACAUUGUAGCGGAGCCUGGCGACAUUGUAGCGGCUCUGGGCCGGCGGCUGGAUGGGGGCUCGGAGCGCGUUGGCCGCGGCGUUAAUGCUGCUCCUGGCCUUGCUGCCGCGAACCUUCGCCUCGUGCCUCUUCUCGGUGGACGCCUCCACAGCCACAGGGCAGCUGAAGCCUUUCUGGAAGAGCACCGGCUUCUGCCCUCCUUUGCCCCAUGAAAAGUCAGACCUGUAUGAUCUCAGCAAAGACCAGCAGCUCAAUCUCGCCUACAUUGCGUCCAUCCCUCACAGGGGCAUCGAACAGAUCAGGAUCCACUGGUUACUGGACCUCAUCACAGCCAGUGUCACCGAUGGGAAUCUUCGCUACAAUUUUACCAACCUGGAUAGAUUUUUAGAUCUUCUUUGGGAGAACCAGCUCAUUCCAGGGUUUGAGUUGAUGGGGAGCCCAUCUGGAUACUUUACUGAUUUUGAGGACAAGAAGCAGGUGUAUGAAUGGAGGAACCUGGUCACCCUAUUGGCUACGAGAUAUAUUGAGAAGUAUGGGGUAAGCCACGUCUCCAGAUGGAAUUUUGAAACGUGGAAUGAACCAGAUCAUCACGACUUUGACAACGUGUCCAUGACAAUCCAAGGCUUCUUGAACUAUUAUGAUGCCUGCUCAGAAGGCCUAAGGAAAGCCAACGUAGGGCUGAAGUUUGGAGGUCCUGGUGACUCCUUCCAUCCAUUUCCAAAGUCCCCCAUUUGCUGGAACCUACUCAGUCACUGCUACAAUGGGACAAACUUUUUCACGGGUGAGAAAGGUGUGCGCCUGGAUUAUAUCUCCUUACACAGGAAGGGUGGGGGCAGCUCUAUUUACAUCCUAGAGCAGGAAAAGGAAGUAGCCCAGCAGAUCCAGAGCCUUUUCCCCAAUUUCACCCAUGUCCCCAUUUAUAAUGACGAGGCUGACCCGCUGGUGGGCUGGUCCCAGCCCCAGAUUUGGAGAGCAGAUGUGACAUAUGCAGCGAUGGUUGUGAAGGUCAUAGCCCAGCAUCAGACCCUGUUGCUGUCACAGCCCAACAACACCCUGAACUAUACCCUGCUGAGCAAUGAUAAUGCCUUCCUGAGCUACCACCCACACUACUUUACCCAGAGGACACUGACUGCCCGCUUCCAGAUGAACAACACAAAGCCACCCCAUGUGCACCUAGUCCGAAAGCCCGUGCUCACUGCCAUGGGGCUGCUGGCCCUGCUGGGUGAAAACCAGUUGUGGUCAAAGGCUCACUGUGAUGGGCUACUGGUGGACAGCAAUCACACAGUGGGAGUACUGGCCACCUCCCACUGGCCUGAGGAGGCGUCUUCACCAGACAGCUGGCAGGCCACCGUGCUGGUGUAUGCCAGUGAUGACAAUCGGACAUCUGCCAACCUCAGUACUGUCACCAUCCAGCUCAACAUCCCACCAGCUACAGACCUUGUCUACAUGACCUAUUAUAUGGAUAAUAAUCUCACCAGCCCUUAUCUGGAAUGGAAGAAACUUGGAUCACCUGUCUUUCCCACCAUAAAGCAAUUUCAGCAGAUGAGAGAGACUGAGGACGCUGUAGCCACAGGCCCAUUUCCAUUUCCUGAAAAUGGCCAGCUGACCCUAAAGCAGGAGCUUUCAAUACCCUCAAUCCUUCUCCUUCAUGUGUGUUCGAGGCCGCAGCUGCCCCCAAACCAGGUGAAUGGUGUCCGAAUCUUGCCUGUCACAAGAGGGCAGAUCACGCUGCUCUGGGAUGAUAGCUGCGUGAACUCAAAGUGUCUGAGAACAUAUGAAGUUGAAUUCUCCCAACAUGGAUAUAUUUACAGAGGGAUCAACAGGAAGGAGUCAACUUUCAACCUUUUUGUCUUUGCUCCAGACGAUGCCAAUGUCACUGGCUUCUACCGGCUCCGUGCUGUGGAUUACUGGGGCCGCCCAGGCCUGUUCUCCAUCCCUGUUUACUACAAAGAGGCAGCUGCAUGAGGGUUGUGUGAGUAUACACAGGAGAGGUAAGAAGCAGUCAGAUGAGAAAACAGGAACACAUGUGGACAUCUAUGUUGUCCAAACCCCAGGAAUCACAGCUGAGCCCUGAUGCUUUCAGAGCCUAGGCAAGAGACUUCGAUAUUCUUCAAUCUGGGGUCAGCUAGAUGACGAGUGGAUAGAGCACCGACCCUGGAGUCAAGAGAACCUGAGUUCAAAUCCGGCCUUGGACACCUACUAGCUGUUCGACCCUGGGCAAGGCACUUCACCUCAAUUGUCUCUUAAAAAAAAAUAUCCUUCAACCUGCCCCCCAGAAAUUCCCAGGAAGACUUCUAGAGGACAGCACCAUAACCUAAACAUUUACCGUAAGGGUGGUGUUCUUAAAAUUACUAUGUCCCUUGGGAAUGAAAGGGGAUUAAAGAGGAAUUAGACUGUAAUUCCUCUGGAGAUAUGGGAGAUUGCACUCAUUUUGUGUGAGUACAGAGAAUGCUCUUACUGAUUGAUUCCCAUCAUCAUUAUUUAUAUUGUUUCAUGUCUUGAUUAAAUGCUUUUACUAUA